UGGCGGUCGCUGCGGCAGCCACAUUCUCCUCCAACAUCACAGUUCCUACCAUCAACAACAUUAAGCCAGCUACUCAGAUCACUAUCCAAAUCCCUCGCAACGGAACGAGUGUUACGAUGUCCUCGGGUCCGACAUGGGGGUGCUAUUUGAUCUUUAUUGGUUGCUCGACUGAUACGGGAACUUCCUGUGUCUACCUAGCUUGCAAAACAGCGAACCCGGUAGGCUCGAAAUCAGUCACCAUUCAGCUGCUGGCGACACUGGGUUCGUUUAUACAAAUGACAUGGGCAAGCACUCAGCCCGUAUUCUAUUAUCAGACGGCAUUGGACACGACGAGCAACACGGAUGCCUAUGUGGUGCGAUGGCUCCCAUGGAUGUGAGGAGUCCACUCGAGCUCCAACUCCGCAAAAUGCGUAAAAAUCACAGUAA